CAGAAGUAAGUAAACGUAUUUAAUUUUCACAACCUCCUCCACCACCAUUCUCUUACCCAUUUCCCCAAAUUUUCCAUGCUCAAACCCUAAAAAUAUUCACAAUCUGAUUUUUCCAAGAAACCCUUGCAAUAAAUCCUGAAUCAAAGCCAAAACACACGCACAAUUGCCCUAGCUCACAAAAUUCCUAUCAAAUAUGGUUGCAUUUUCUUCUUCCAGGUACCUAUUAGCCUUCUUACUGUUCAAUCUUUACCUCAAACUUAUGGAUGCCGAUCCGAAUUUAACUUUUUAUUUCAAGAAUUUCGGUAAAGACUCCAACUUUGAGUCGCAGCUUGCCCUGUUUGGGGAUGCUAAGGUUGGCAGGGACAACUCUUCUGUUCAAAUUUCUGGGUCUGGGGUUUCUACUGCUGGUAGGUUUGUUUGCAAGAAGCCCCUUAAUCUUGUUCAUGAAAAAUCAAGAAAAAUGGUUUCUUUUUCGAAUUACUUUGCAUUUUCCAUGUCUGGGGUAAAUGGGGAUGGUUUGGCUUUUGUGAUGCUCCCUUCUCAAUUUCCUUUGAGUGUUUUUGAUGGUGGAGAGAUGGGAUUUUUAGGAGAGAGAGAGGUGAAGUUUCUUGCAGUUGAAUUCGAUACUUUUAAGAAUGAAAAGCAUGGAGAUUUGAAUGGUAAUCAUGUUGGGAUAGAUGUUGGUAGUCCUGUCUCUGUUAAAGUGAGCAAUGUUUCAUCCAUCAAUCUGGUGCUAAAUGGUGGAGAGAAGUUGCAAUCUUGGAUUGAUUAUGAAGCAAAUAGUAAAAGAUUUGAGGUUAGGUUGAGCAAAUUUGGUGAGAGUAGGCCAUUGCAUCCAUUGCUCACUUACUCCAUUGAUCUUUCCAAAAUGUGGGGAGAUGAAAAUGUAGUUGUGGGAUUGAGCUCAUCGAGCACCAACACGUCCCAGAAAAUCAGUGUCCACUCAUGGAGUUUCAAGUCAAGAAUCAUGCCACAAUGGAUGCAUUCUCAACCCUUGGAUCCACAGCACUUUGUGGGGAAGGAGGAAGAGAUGAAGGUUCGCAAGAGAAGCGACUGCACAUUGAGAGUCCUUUCUGCGUUGGUGUUGGGCACCGGAUGUGGAGCGCUGGGGGCGUUCCUAGUGUUGGUCCUGUGGACUAUCUUGGGUGAUAGGCGCCCCAUCGUGCCAGAGGAAUUUGUUGUUCAACAACCUAAGGAGUUGGGGUACAAGAAGUUUGAUGUUUGUGUAGAUAAAACCGUCGAAGAUGGUAAGGUUUAGUUGCUUGAUUUGCAGAGUAGAGAAUGUGGUGUUUUACGUUGUAAAUCCUCUCUCGUUAGUAGUACUUGGAAUGCUGUACUUUAGUGAUCAGUCAUUUUAAUUUAGUUUUGAUCUGUAUGUUGUGAUCAUUGAAAUACAGCUUCAUCUGCGAAAUUAUUAGUUUGUUACCAAUAAUAUUUCAGCUAUUGCUAUAA